AUGAGCAGCAGAAAAAACAUUCUUAUCGGCUGCACCGGUAGCGUGGCUACCAUUAAGUUACCGAUUCUGGUUCAGAAAAUUCGCGAUCUCGAUUGCGAAACUGAAAUCAAAAUUAUUGUUACGAAACACGCUGAGCAUUUUUUCUCCCCCGAGGACAUCCCCACCCAGGUCGAAAUCCACCGAGACGAAGACGAAUGGGCCAGCUGGCGGGUACGAGGUGAUCCCGUUCUGCACAUCGACCUGGGGAAAUGGGCCGAUGUGAUGAUAAUUGCCCCAAUGGAUGCUAACAGUCUGGCGAAGAUUGCGCAAGGUUUGUGCGAUAAUCUACUGCUGUGCACGGCGAGGGCCUGGGACUUUAGCAAGCCGUUGUUCUUCUGUCCUGCCAUGAACACACGCAUGUGGGAUCAUCCGAUUACGGGCAGUCAAAUUGAAACGUUGAAAUCGUGGGGGAUGCGAGAGAUUCCCUGCGUGGCAAAGACGCUCAUGUGCGGCGAUACGGGACUGGGAGCGAUGGCUGAGGUGGACACAAUUGUGGAACGGUUGGCGGGGUGUUUAAGGGAGAUGGAGUUGAGAAAUUGAGUGGAUUUUUUUGCAAUAAAAUGUUUCGUACAGCUUGAA